GAAGACUUUGAAAGACUAUAAUAUAUAGAAGACUACUAGUAUCCUAUCUAUUUAUGACAGUAGUUUGAAGAAGACGAUAUGAACGGAGCUAGUGAUACGGUCAAAGUCGGUCAUAUUAAAAGGGAGCCCGUUGACGUACUUGAUACAGCAGCAGCAGACGCACGAAAUGAUGACAUGAAAUCCUACAGACAACAUCUUAUCGGUCCGUUCACCGUCAACGACACGUCUUUCCACGAUGACAGAGAGAAAUAUCAACAAGGCGAAACAUCUCGGCUGUCUGAUUCCGAUGUCCUUACUGUCCGAACCACGUCACGUGAUGGAGCAGAAUCGGUAACGUCUCAUGAAAGCGACAAACAGACAUUUCCCGACGACAUGACCGGGGAGAUGAAAUAUGAAUGCCACAUUUGCUUUGCUAAGUUUCGAUCGGCUCGUGCUUUCCGGGGCCAUAUAAAUGCUCACAGAUACUCUAGCGAUGGUCAGGCAGCAGCUUUUCUACCAUGUUCUCCUUUCACAGGACAGUUUUCACCAAAAUCAGAUCAGCAAAACGGCACUUUUAAAUGUGACGGAUGUGCAAAAAUAUUCUACAGCCGCGACACAUACGCCAUGCACAUGAUGCUCCGAGCAAAGAAUGAAAAUUGUAGCCUCGCAAAGUCAACACUUUCUCAGUUAACGUGCGACGUGAAGGAAGAAAAGAACGAAAGAGUAAAAAUGAAUAUUGAAGCCAUACUCUCAUCUUUUGGCCAUUCUGCUUGGAAUACCACGAUGGAUAUGCACAAAAUGACAAUCAGAAAAGCUUUUGAAUAUAGAAACCUGCCACAAGAAUCAACCAGACAAUUGACGCCCACAUCAGACGCCCUGGCCUGUACCGUCUGUGGCGAAGUAAUGCACAGCAAAGAUUCCUUGGCAAUGCACAUGCUGUUUCAUGCUCGAGGAGAUGGCGAAGAUGAUGGACAACGGAACCUACUACCGAUGCCACCCCUUGCUUCAACCACUAUGAGAGACUAUGUUAAUGCUUUGGCAUUAGCCGGUAACAAAAUGCAGACAGCUAGAAAUUUGGCCGCUUUUCACCAUGCUGCUAUCAAUCUCACCAACGAGAAUAUGGCUAAGUUUGACGCUCGAUCCACAGAAGUUCGCACUCCAUCUAAACCCAUCUACGAACCUGUGGCGUUAGUGAAACGAAUGGAGUGGAGUGAAAACGAGAACAACAAAGAGUCUACUGGACGGGACUCCCACGGACGUAGUUCUUCACCUUCUCCAGUCCAAUCACCCAAAUCAAGCCCUAUAAGACACCAGCUAUUACAGAACGAACCCAACCAUACGCCCCUCAGUGUUUGUUCGAGCGAAAUCGAUGAAUCCAGAUCGGAUAUGGGAGACGUCGCAAGUCAUUAUUCUGACGCUGGACUGGACAACCACGAAAGAAACAACGAGAGGCGACCAAAAUCCCUUGAUAGCGGCAUCAAAGCUACUAAAUUAGCCGAAAAAAAAUACCAUGGAAAGUACAAGAAUUAUCAACGAAUUAAGAUGUACCACUUGUUGCGUAAAUACUCCAAGCAAAACCUAGUUAGACGUCAGCAUCUUAACCAAGAACAAAAGAAGGGGGAGCAGUCUUCCGCAAGCAAAUCAGAGGGAGAACCGCUCGCCAUGGACAAGGGAUCGGAGGUACCCAAGGAAAUCCUAGCUGCUCAUGGCGCUUCGUCUUAUUGUCAAUACUGUAAAAUCAUUUAUUUGGACAAGACUCUCUAUCAGUUGCAUAUGGGACUCCAUAAUGUCAAUAAUCCUUGGCAGUGUAAUGCUUGUGGAAAGGUGUGUGUUAAUAGACUGGAAUUCUCAUCCCAUGUUCUUCAUUACUAAAUCUUUAUACUCAUUAAAUUACUAUUUAAAGUAACUUGUGCUAGGCUGUUUCGCUAAUAACUUUGGACACUACAGUGUAAAUGUUCUACAAAAUGAUUUCAAAUACUAUUUUGUCUUAUGUAAUUGGUAAAUGGGAAAUGAACUUGAACAAUCAAAGAUCUAGUGUUGCUUUUUGUUUGAACUUUUGUUACGAAAAAAUGAAUUUAACUUUCAAGAAAGUGACAUGCCACGCUAACGCCACAUGGUGAAUGGUUAUACUGCAGAGUAUAGUAAAGACCAAGGAAUAGCUUAUGUGUUAUAAAGGGGCUGAAACACGCCUUCUUCUUUCUUGUUACACCAAUGGUAUCAUUUUAACAAAAUAAAAGUAAUUCAGAAAGAAAUUUCUGGAGAAUAGAUACCACACGGAACUUUAUUCUAUUUACAUAUUUCUACUGAUUAAUACCACCAGUUUUGAUGAGCAAUAAUUAUUUCUUUGACAGACAACACUAUUUUUUUUACAACGAUAACCAGACAGCGAGAACACAAAUUUGUGAUCGCGUUUUUUAGGGUACCACAAAUUUUUUAUAUAGGAAAUUUUCACUUUGUGUGUGUGUAAACACUUUAUGCGCAGCUAUCACUUGCAUUCCGGGUCACGGAAUAGAGCGAGUUCAAAUUAGCAAUUUGAUUUGUGUCAAAAAAGCCCAUACCUUCAAGGAACUUAUAAUAGCAGCAGUCAUUCCGUUUUGGAUUACUAGUAAAUGUAUUAUUAAUAUAUUUUGGUGAAUUUCUCACCUUUUGUUUAAUGUAAGCUUUGCGUUAUGAUAUUGUUAGCUUUAUUUCUGGGCAGAUUCUUAGCAUAUCACCUGAACAUAUUCUUUUCAACUGGCUAGACCUCUUUGAUUUUAGUAAAAAAAAGAAAUAAAUAAAAAAAUGUCGAAUUCAUUGAAUUUUAUAUGUUGAUUUGUUUUGUGGACUGGCAAUUUGUCUUUGUUGAACAAUGUUACGUCUAUAGACAAAGCGAAUGUCGAGAUAUGUCCGUUUUGUGUUCCACUGCUUUCUGUUAGCACAGUAACUCUAAGCAAGACGUGAAUAUAGAAUGAGCAAUUAAACUGACUUCGGCCUAAUAUUUUGAAAGAAAUGUUGAAUCGUAUAGAGCAUGUCCCAUAACACAUUAACAUAUUUCAGUACUUUAUUUUGACUGAAAUCAUAGAUGUUAAGCUGCUUUAAAAUGUUAUUUUGGUAAAAUCAAAUGUAUUGUGCAUAUUGUAUAACACUUAUUCUAAAACUUCAGCUUGUACCCUUUUACAUUGUUAGUAUAUUGUUAAUUUCUGCUUUUUUAAA